UGAGAAAAUAAAAAUUUAUAUUACCAUUCCCUUUAACAUUUUAAGUGAUUUCAUUUCUUCUUUUGAUUAAUUUCAUUUCUGAGGCAGUCGUUGUUAAUAUUUUAUAUAUUUUCUUCGAAUUUAGAGGCAUUAUUUGGCGUGGCUCCGUUCAGGUCUCGCACAUUUUCUGAACUUGAGCAAAAGAUCCGAUCAUCUCAAGAAAUCCGAGUAUGUUUCCUCGUUUCAAUCGUAUCGAAACGUACUGUAGCAUAUUCUUUUGUGUCGAUGUCACCAGCUCUUGAAUGAAAUAGACACGCAAAAAUGCACAAUUUGUAACAAACCUGCAGCAGAUGUGGCAAUGUUGUUCCAACACGAUGUGUUCGCACUGCUUGUUCUCAGCUUGUUGACAAGUUUUCAACGGCUUGUUGACAUCUUGUUACAAGGUUGUUGAACUGAACCGUCUUGUUACAAGUUGUUGCAACAACUUGUUAUCGUCUUGCAAUUUAACAAUUUAUCAACAAGUUCUGAAUGACAACCUUGUAGCAACUUGAUAAAAUAGCAGCGUUAUUACAAUUUGUUGACAAACUUACUACAAACAGAUUUCUGAUUUUCCCAUCAGACUGCAGGAUCCCUAAAUUUUCUGUGAGAAUAUCUGACAUUUCUGCGAAUUUUUUCCAAGGAAAUAUAUUUCCUGCGCAAAAUAAAAUUUUUCAGUAUGGAACAUUCUUUGAAUCGUUUUUAAACUUUUAAUGUUUUAUCCUUUAGCUUCCAACAGACUCUAAAGUCUCCAAAGAAUGCAAAUAUCUACUUCUUUCGCUCUUACAAAGAGAUCCAAAACAGAGGAUGUCAUUUGAAGAGUUUUUUGCCCAUCCAUUUCUGGACUUGGAGCAUGCGCCGUCUGAUUUGUGUUUAGCGCAAGCGGUAGGUCUUUGCUGCACAAAUAAAGGAUGACCUCUAGGAAGAACAGUUUAGAACUGAUAGAGCUAUCCAGUAUAAAUAAAGUUAGUUUAGUUUAGGUUUCCUCUUGUAGCAACGCAGGAUCAAUAAGAGAUGACCCUUACUGGACCUCUAGAAAGAACAGUUUAGAAUUGAUAGAGCUAUUCAGUACCGGUACAAAUAAACUUAAUAAAGUUAGUUUAGUGUUGGUUUCCUUCUGUAGUAACACUGGAUCAAUAAGAGAGGAUUUUUACCUCUACUCUAGGAAGAACAGUUCAGAACUGAUAGAGCCAUCCAGUACAAAUAAAGUUAGUUUAGUUUAGGUUUCUUCCUGUAGUAACGCUGGAUCAAUAAGAGAUGAUCCUUACUGGACCUCUAGGAGGAACAGUUUAGAACUGAUAGAGCUAUACAGUACAAAUAAAGUUAGUUUAGUUUAGGUUUCCUCUUGUAGUAACGCUGGAUCAAUAAGAGAUAACCCUUACUGGACCUCUAGAAAGAACAGUUUAGAAUUGAUAGAGCUAUUCAGUACCGGUACAAAUAAACUUAUUAAAGUUAGUUUAGUGUUGGUUUCCUCCUGUAGUAACACUGGAUCAAUAAGAGAGGAUUUUUACCUCUACUCUAGGAAGAACAGUUUAGAACUGAUAGAGCUGUCUAGUAUAAAUAAAGUUAGUUUAGUUUAGGUUUCCUCCUGUAGUAACACUGGAUCAAUAAGAGAUUAUCUUUACUGGACUCUAUAGAGAGAACAGUUAGUACUUUUGAAUCAAUAGAGAGGUAGCAAUUAUGACUGAAGGUCGUGUUUUUCAUCAGGUGUCAUUGGUAUCAGAAGCUGUGAAACUCGACCAAGCAUUGAACUAUAAAGAAGCUGUACAGAUGUAUUGUCGAGCGUUAGACUAUUUUGUCCCGGCUUUGCAAUGUGAGUAUUAGACAUGGUCUUUUGAAACUUAUUAAGACAGACUUUCGCUCAACUUAUUAACUCACAGAAUGAUGAUUCUUUUUUCAGAUGAGCGAAAUACUGCGAAGAAAAAUGCCAUCAGAGAAAAAGUAAUGUUUUUAUUAAAUCUUCCAAUCGCAACUCAGAACAGAACAGAACAGAUACGUCAGAACAGAAUACGGCUGACAAACGCCAGGACAAUCAGAAAUGUUUAUCGUAAUUUUCUAGCUUGUAUCAUGCAAGACAACUGUUUUUAAGUUGGUAUGAUUACUGGCUAGCCAACCAUUCGUUUCAAAAUUUGUUCAAAAUUUUGAGUGAGUAAUAGGUUGGGUAAAUGAAAAACAAACAAACUCAAGGGUUGGGUCAUGCACAUUUAUCGUCAUUUCCAAAGCUCACUCAUGACUCACUCAAAUAUUGAAGACUGAAAAGCAAUGUCAACAGUCAUAUGUUAAUAUACAAUUUGUAAAUCAAUCAGAGAUUUGUUAGGAGGCAAAUGGUGUCUCCAAAGAAAGUACAUGUGCAGACAAUAUGAAACUUUAGACUGCAGAAAAUUGCACAAGCUGUUAUGAAACUCGUGUCACAGAAAUGGUACAGUACAAUACAAUGCAAUGCAAUGCAAUUUAUUUAUUUAUUUAACGUGAAACAAUUACACUUAGCUACACUCGGCUAAUUGACAGCCCAUAUGUGGUCGAAUUUACUUUGGGCAGUUUUAAAAUAUCUUUACCUUUGAGCGAGCAUGUACUUUGUCUAAGAUCUAGCAAGUCUUUCAGGUAAAGAAAAUGUGUGAGAACUGAAUGGUAUCCUUUUGUAACGCUUUUGGCUAGGGGUGGGUAUUCAUUUUUUCAUUGAUAUUGGAGGUUGGAUACAAAAAUGUUUUAAUUUUUUAACAUUGGGGUCAGCAAAAUUUUUGGCAAGAAAAAAAAGUUUCUUCGGUGACCCCCCCCUCCAUCCCACGGGUCUCUAAGCCAUUCCAAACUUGAUGAAAGGGCAACAGGGGGGUUCCCUAAGACAUGGUUUGAAAGUCCUCUCGCACAUUUUAGGUGAAUGGUUACGUGGCGCGUGCCGAAGAGCUGAAACUACAUUUAAAACAGAGGUCUGCAUCAAAGAUUGCACGAGAACCAGGGCAUGUUCUAAGUGAGUAAACGUAAUGUACGGUAAAUGUGUAAUUCGUGGACAGUUGAAGGGUUUUGUAGAUGGAAAUUAUCGAGUGGAAAUUUAUAUACAUUUAUUACACCUAACCAGAAACAGAAGCAAAAAAUCCAACUACAGGUCCCUGGCAGGAAUUGAACCUGCGAUUCCGGUGCAGCACUCUAACCAACUGAGCUAUAGAGGCCAGUUGUUGAGCUCUAACCACAAGUUCAUGUAUCGAGCUAUUUCAAUUAAGGUUGUCUACGAGCAAAGCGGAAAAGUCAAAUACGAGCGCGAAAGGCUGCUGGGAAUCGCUAACAAAUUAAUGAAUUUUCAAAGCGAUUCCCAGCAGCCUUUCGCGCUCGUAUUUGGCUUUUCCGCUUUGCUCGUGGACAACCUUAAUUGAAAUAGCUGUAUAUAGGGUACUGUCAUGUAUAGGUUAUGGGUAAAUAUCAAGAUUUUAUUGACAUCUCACUCGAUUGGAUAUUCAUGGAUAUUUUAAAGGCCAUGCCUAAAACUGUCGCAUGCAACCUGCUUACAACUUGAGUUCUACUGUGUAAAUCAAGUACACAACUCACUUACUCUGUCGUUGUCAUAGGUGAGUUGUGUGUUUGAUUUACACAGUACAGUACAACUCAAGUUGUAAGCAGGUUCCAUGCGACAAUGUUAGGAAAAAGUUGUGUAGUGUAAAUCUGCCGUAACAGUGCCUCCAAUACGACACCAGUUCUGGCCACUUAUUUCGACUUGUGUUUUUAAGGAGAAUAUGCGAAAGGAAAUCCACAGCUUGCAGACGGAUUGAAAUUAGCAGAAAUUGCUGAAGUCAGGGUACGGACGUACUGUAGUUUCAUAAACUGAUUUCUCUAUUACAUGAUUCUAAUUGUGUCUGGAUGUAUGUUUAUUACUUGUACAGGAUGAAAAAGGUGUAUUUUCUUCUGCUCUGGAGCAAUAUCGAACUGCGUUGGCAGUCCUCAUUCCAAUAUUAAAAGGUAUACUGUUGUUUCUCAUUUUCUCUAGAGACAAUGAUAUUUAAUGAUAAGGGCGAGGGCUGAAAUCAGGGGGUCCGGGUACAUGCCCCUCCAGAAAAAAAUUUAAAAAUUGAGGCUUGCAUAGAAGUGCCAUUUCCUGCACUCGACAUUCGCACUAAUGGUUUUUGAUUUUCAAGAUAUACCCAACACCCAAGUGAAAGAGAUUGUAGGAUCCGAGGUAAUUCGUUGCAUUCCCAUCACGGUCUUUGCAAAAUUGAAUUGUCCUAAAAACGAUAAACUGAAAAGAACAAGUAAUUUUUAUUUCCAAUCAAAGGUACAGAGGUACAUGCGUAGAGCUGAAGAAAUCAAGGCGUACCUAAAGGUAUAUAUAAAACAUCCUGCUUUAUUGAAUGGCCAGCUUGUUCCUGUUAUACCUGUUUAUACCAAUGUUUAACCUUUCCUAUUUUCUAGUUAUCCGAAGAAGGAACAUUGGAAAUUGGCCAAGAAGUCGAUGACAGUACGUUCUUAUAUGUUUUUAUAUGCUAUUAAUAAUGACAUUGUAUACAGCAGCAUGUGGUGCAGUGCAUCAAUACUACUUUACUCUGUCAUAGAAUAUAUUUUAUGUGGUUCAUUGCAUAGUACCAUAGAUGCUCAAUUCAUAAAAAAAGUUCUCAAGCAAAAAACUUGCCCAAUACCGAGAAAAUGGGUGAUCAGUGAUUUGUCCUUUAUUAAAUUGUAUUACAGCAAGAAAAUGUGAAAUUUUGUAUUCAAUUACAACAAAAAUGACUUGCAUCAUCAGAAAGCUUACAAAAACCUACAUACAAGACUUUUAAACAGUUUUUUAUAUCUCAAAUUGCAUUCUCAAACAAUUCUUAUUGCGACAUUUUUGUCACAUUUUAAACAUCAAUAACUCAAAGACUAUUUGAAGAAUCAAAAAACUGUUUAAAAAGUCUUAUAUGCGGUUUUUUGUACGUUUUCCGAUGAUGCAAAUGAUGUUGAUUGUAAUUGAAUACAAAAUUUUCCAUUAUUUUGCUGUAAUACAGUUUAAUUAAAAGAGGAUAAUCGUUGAUCACUCAUUUUCUCGAUAUUGCCUAUUGGGCAAGUUUUUUGCUUGGGAACUUUUUUGAUAGUAAUGUACCUAUAUAUGCCUUUCAAAUAAACCCCAAACCAAGUACUUCCCAUAUGGGUGCCACGAAGCGAAAUAAUUUUGGCCCACGACCUUUGAUGAGAGUUGAUAGGCCGUUGUUUUGAUGGCGUGAGAAGCGACUGCAUCUGCGUGGAAUGCCCUUUGGUGACUCACGACAUGCAUGUGAUUCGACCACACCCAUUAUUUACAUACCAUCAUUAAUAUAUCGGAAGCGAGUCUUAAUUCCACGAUAAUUUCCUUUUCUUGUACAAAUAAAUUACAUCUUCAUCGAAAGUUAAUAGCGAGCUUAAACAGGCUAUGAUUUUAUCAACACAGACGUCAGGUUGCCGAAGGGGAACUGAAUUAAAAACUGUAUUUUGUAUCAGUUUGUGACACAGAAACAAUCUUCAACGCAUCUGACAGAAAACACAGAAAAAAUCUUCAACAUAUCUGACAAACUAUGCAAAUUUGGAAAAUUUUUCGCUUCUUUGACUUUGCACGAGCGCUACGAUGCAAUAUGCCGCCAAUUUUAGUCAAACCAAUUUUAAUUCUUGCUUAAACUCACCAAUGAGAGUUUUAACUCUACGCUUUGAACUGGUUCGAAUUUUGACGAGAGUUGAUGAGUUUUUUUCAGUCGUUUAACCGGUAAAAACCACUCAACUCUCAGGCAAUACUUUUCUUGUUUGACCGGGGCAUGGGAGUUGAGAAAACUCUCAUGCAAAUUCCGCUUCUCGAGCCUUCUCAACUCUCAUGCAACUCUUGUUCUCGUUUGACCGGGGCAUGAGAGUUGAGAAAACUCUCAUGCAAACUCUCAACUCUCAUGCAACUCUUGUUCUCGUUUGACCGGGGCACGAGAGUUGAGCAUGCAAACUCUCGCUUCUCGACGCGCAUCUUCGUUUAAACAGAGCUUAACUUUGCCUUCAUGUUUUUUUCUUCCAGAAAUGUGCUGCAUACAAUGAUCUAAUAGUAUACCGAUGUAUUCCCUCUCGUCGAUAUAAAACGUCGAUUGGAUAAUCGAAGGCGAGAACGCAAGGAAUCGUGCUCAUUGUAUAUAAACCACGGAACCAUGCACAGUAAAAAUAAAAUGAAAAUCGAGGUAAAACCAAUCGUAAUGAAAUGAUUUAAAAUCAAAUCUCGUUCAAGACGAAACGACAAUGCUUGCGCCAAUGACGCUACGAAGAGCAUCAUUUAAAAUUUUUAAAAUUUGAAAUUCAGAUUAAAUCAUCCAAGGUGAACUAUUGUAUUCGUCCGAUACAAAAAUAACGUAUUAAACCGUAUUAAUUUAAAUACGGCUUAUAUCGCCUAUGGGCUAUAACCUAUUCCCAGCCCGCCGUAAUUCCAGGUGAAUGUUAUGCGCAACAAAUGAAUAUUUCAUGCGAAAGACAUGUCAACCAGAACUUAGCCACGCAUGAUUGAUGAUAAUCUAAUUUCAGCCUCAGAUCCAUAUCAGAUUCUCAGAGUAGCUUACUUUCAAAGGCCAAGGACGAAGGCGUAUGUACUUAAAGAACCACAAGGUGGCCCUACGCCCACAAUGUUAUGGUAUUCCUUUUGAAUUAUUCAACAAUAGGCCCUUAGCUAUGUAAUCCAGUCACGAUAUCCAGCGAUUGGAAUGCGCUAUUGUUUUUAUUGCUUUGAAAAUCCAAACUGUUGAGUGGUCCACCGUUAUCGUAGGCCAUCUUCACGACAAGAUUAGGCUAAACGCGUUUCCUUCUAUAAAUACAAACGGACUAGCCCUAAUUUGGUUACAAGGUGUAAAUUCAAAACAAUCGAAUAAUUGAAUCUGCGUGCAACUUCGUGCGCGUUUAGAUCUGGUUUGCUUAAGUCGUCAGCAUUGCAAUAUAGCUUUAGACUUUAGUACCUAAUUUACUCUUAAUCUAUUAAUGAUUCUAAAUUAUUUUUCUUUAAUCGCAAAAAACAACAUUGCAACAAAUUUCGCAUAAAACCGGAUAAUCUAUGGAUUUAGUAAAGUGCAUUCGCUGUGUUACGUAGAUAUUUAGCCUUAUAGGGUAACGCUUUAUGGGUAUAUUGUAUCAAAGCACAAUUGCUGCUGACUUACCGUAUCACCCUCAUGGAGUCGUGCACUCCCACGAGGGAGUUUCAGCUUAAUGCUGUAUUUAAUGCUGGGCUUAACGUAACAGCAGGUUGAAGUUUAGCUUGUGGAAUGAAGACCAAAUUGAAAGAACAAGGACUUUUUUCAAUGUCGUGUAUUUGCGAUUAAAAGUGUUCGAAAUCUAAAAUCUUUUUGGCGUUCCUCUUAGAAUUACUUUGUUUUAGCUUUAUUUCAUAGUGUACCCAGUUAGCAACCUUUUUAAAUGUAUCUGGUGGUUGAGAAACACGAAAUAAUAGUUAAAUAUUGUCAAUUUAAAUUAUCAUUGAUGCUGUAAAAUUGACGCCAUAUUUAUACAGCAAUACUAAGCGAAACUUACUGAACUUCAGACGUCAUUUUCUCUUUGGCGUACCAUCUAAAAUCUCUUCAUUUUAGCAUAAUUUUACAGAUAAAACACUAAAAUAGUCAUAACCAAAUGGUUAGAGAUUCUUCUCUUACUAAUAAAUAAAACCCACAAUAUCAUGCA